AUGAUAAAGACAUCGUUAUUACUGAUGCUUGUUGUGGCAUCUGUUGCCCUGGCCUCGGCUUCCAGCCACUUAAUGGAGGGCGCCUUCUACCAUGAUGAUGUGCCAAGCGGAUGGUCUAGAACCGGACGUGCUGUUAGUGAUCAUGACAUCACCUUGACAUUCGCACUCAGACUUUCAAACAUUGAUAAACUAGAGGAGUUGCUGUUGCAACAUAUCUCAAACCCAAGCUCAUCAUCGUACCGCAAGUACUUGACUAGACAGGAGGUCGACAACUUGGUUGCCCCAAGCCAAAAGGAUGUUACCGCCUUGAAGAAGUGGAUCGAGGAGGAGCUGCAGGGAACCAUUGUCAAGGAGCUCCCAGAUUACAUUGUGGUGAGCGCUAAUGCUGCCAUCGCAUCAGCCAAGCUCGACACCAAGUUUGAGCAGUUUGAGCAUCCUCAAACCAGCAAGACUGUGAUCCGUACGCUCGGACCAUACUCUGUGCCCUACAAGCUGGCCUCGAUCGUUCACUUCAUCGGUGGCACCGUGCGUUUCCCCAACAGACGCGUCAAGAGCAUCAACGCCAAUGAGAACGUGGCCGUCGCCGCCAGUGGCUGCAACAACCCAGUGAUCCCCCGUCUCUACGCCGGUGACGAGUCGUUCACUUUCAUCAUGUUGCCCAAGACCCAGAGUGGCGGUGUUUGGACCGAUCCCUCGCAGGUACAGAUGAUGGGCGUUGCCAUCUCCAGUGCCCAGUACUCCACCCCUUACUCCACCAUCCUUGAGCCAUCGCAGCUUACCUGUGAGUCCUGCUCCCAGAUCACAAACAGCGCAAUCCAGCAGAUCUGCCAGCGCACCAACCAGCAGAACUCGCUGCCCGCCAACACAGUCUAUUGUGUGAGCGAGGAGAUCACCUCGAGCGACUUCCAAAACUACCGCCCAUACAACCUGUCGUUUGUGAUCAACUACUCGACGGGCAGCUCCAGCGCAGCCACCUACGACCAGUUCUACAUGGGCCAGUACACAACAGUGCAGGCCAUCCAAGAGCGCUACAACAUGCCAAUGAUUGAGGGUGCCUUCCCCGAGGGCCAGUACUCCUCGUCGCCCGUGCAGCAAGCCGUGGCCGAGUUCUUGGACCAGUACUACAACGGCACUGACCUCGAGCAGUUCUUUGAGAUCAUGGGUUUGGACCCAAGACUUGCCGCACGCGUCUUUGUCAAUGGACCAAACAAUGUGACCAACCCAGGUGCUGAGGCAUCCUUGGACAUCCAAUACCUCAUGGGUCUUGCACCAGGUUUCAACACAACCUUCUACUCUGUCGGUGGCACUGUCAAUGGACAAGAGCCAUUCCUCGAGUGGAUCACAGAUGUCCUCAAUGAUAACAAUAUCAUUCACGUUCACUCUGUAUCAUAUGGAGAUGAUGAGAACACACUGUCGUUGGACUUUAUGAACAGAAUCAAUCAAGACUUUAUCAAGGCUGGCGCAGUUGGAAUCACAAUCAUGUUCUCUUCGGGUGAUCUUGGCGUGAACAGUGGAAAUGGUACAAUCGUCGAUGAGUUUGUUCCAUCAUUCCCAGCAUCAUCACCCUAUGUUCUUGCUGUUGGUGCCACUCAAUUCUCCACUCAGACCUCCCCAGUCUGCUCGAUCAAGCCAGUCGGAAUCAUCUCUGCCAAGUGCAACCAAGUCGGUGAGAUUGCUUCAUCCAUUGCCACUGGCUCCAGGAUCACCAGUGGUGGUGGUUUCUCCAAUGUCUUUGGAAGACCAUCCUACCAAGAUGCCGUCGUCCAAGACUACAUCAACACUCACCUUGAGAACAACAUCCCAUCCAGUUAUUACAAUCAAUCUGGUCGCGCCUAUCCUGAUGUAUCUGCACUUGGCCACAACUUUAUCAUUGUUUUGGCUGGAGAGGUGGUGACCGUCGAUGGUACCUCUGCCGCCGCCCCAACCUUCUCCUCAGUGAUCACCCUGCUAAACGAUAGAUUGAUGUCCAGAGGCAAGGCUCCACUGGGAUUCUUCAAUCCAACAUUGUACCAACUGGCUACCAGCCAUUCUGAUGCCUUCUUUGAUAUUGUGAUGGGAGACAACAGCUGCGGCGAGUCUCUUUGCAACCAAUAUGGUUUCCCAGCUGUCCCAGGAUGGGAUGCUGUCACUGGCUUUGGCUCUCCAAACUUUGAAUCAUUGUCCUAUGCCGUUGACAUUGAACAAUCACAAUAA